GAAUAUAUUUUACAUGUUGUAAUGUUUAAAUUACAUAAAAAGAUGACUUAUUAUAAUAUAAACAAAAUAUGUCGAAUAUGCUUACUUGAAAAACCAAAUAUGAAUUCUUUACUUGAUCCAGUCAUUGGGGACAUUUUUACUUAUUGUACAUCUCUAGCAAUAGUGGAGAAAGAUAAAUAUCCUGCGUUUAUAUGUAGAGAAUGUGAAAUUAGCAUGCAUUCUGCUUGUUCCUUUAAACGCCAAUGCUACGACUCUUGUAUGAAGUUAGAAAAUUUUCUUAAUACUCCUCAACACCAAGACGUUAACAACAUUCAUGAGAUUAAAGAAGAUCAGUCAAAGCAAGAUGAUUUAUUUUCAACUAUUUCCUUUGAUAUUCAUUUAGAUAAUAAUGAAAUUUCUGAAGAUGAUCAAAAUAUUUCUCAAUUAAGACCAGAAAUCAAGAAGAAUGAAAGAAGGAGAGAGCAUAAAUUUAAUUGUAAUUUUUGCAAAGAAGGUGUGGAUUAUGAAGAAGAUUUACAAAUACACAUGGUAGCUCAUCCUCAAGACUGCAAGCCGUUAUGUACAAUUUGUAAUAAAACAUUUGCUGAUAUGAAUGUUUUAAAAAGACAUGUAAGAGUUCAUAUGAAAUUUAAACCAUUUUGUUGUGAAAUUUGCCAAAAAACGUUCGCAGAAUCUGGAGGAUUAACAAAACAUGUAAGAAGACAUAAGGGUGAAAGAAAGCAUUUAUGCAGUUUUUGUGGAAAAGGAUUUUAUGAAGCUAACAUAUUGGCUUUGCAUGUAAGACUGCACACAGGGGAAAAACCAUUAGAUUGUCAUGUUUGCAAAAAGAAAUUUGCAACACCAAGUGGAUUGAAAAGUCAUUUAAAGUCUCAUACAGGCGAAAAAAGGCAUCUCUGUUCACAUUGUAAUAAGUCAUUUGCUCAUUCAUUUAUGUUAAAAAUACACAUGAGAACACAUACAGGUGAAAAACCUUACAAAUGUACGGUGUGCAACAAGGCUUUUGCACAGGUUUGUGGUAAAUCCUUUGCCCGUUCUGGAGAUUUGACUAGUCAUUCGAGAACGCACACAGGCGAACGUCCUUUCGCUUGUACACUUUGCUCGAAAACGUUUUCGACCUCCAGCCAUCUCAAAGUGCAUGUGCGAGCACACAAGGGCGAACGUUCACAUGCGUGCUCGUUGUGCAAUAGAAGGUUUGUUGUGUCUCAAUCUCUUAAGGCACACAUGCGUACACAUACUGGCGAACGACCUUAUCAGUGCGUUGUUUGUGGAAGACGAUUUUCGCAGUCAGGUGCGCUCGCUACUCAUCGAAAAACGCAUGGAAACAAUCGAAUUGAACAUAAAACAGCAAAUAAAUGAAUUACUAAUUAAUGUGUUUAACUUUUAUGUCAUGACUGAAUAAUAAAUUACUCCAAAUGUAA